AUCGACACCGCAACAACCCAAUCAACACUAACAGCCAUCACCCACAUCGGCGACCUAAAACUCAUCGGCCUCGCAAGCAACUGGACACCCUCCGGCUGGUGCCAAAAACUCUUCGAGGCCGUCUACGUAACCACUGGCCUCCCCUGGUGGGCCAGCCUAAUGGUCGGGACCAUCCUCCUCCGCGUUGCCUUACUCCCACUGACACUAAAAGGCCUGCGCGCCGGCGCCAUCCUGCACAACAUCUCCCCGCAGACGGAACCGAUCAAAGCCGAGAUGAUGCGCGCGAGCGCCAACAAAGAUAUGGUGGAGCAGACCCGCACGAGGCAGAAAUUGUUGAAAUUGCAUGAGGACGCGGGUGUUAGCUUCUUCUCACCGUUUUGGGGUGUUAUCCAAGGACCCGUGGCGUUGUUUGCGUUCUUGGGGAUUAGGAAGAUGGUUGCGGCGCCUGUACCCGGGUUAGAGACGGGCGGUGCGUUUUGGUUCACGGAUUUGACUGUGGCGGACCCGACUUAUAUUUUGCCCCUGGCUGCCGUGGUGGGAUUGAUGGCCACUUUGGAGCUCGGCGCCGAAAGCGGAGGCCGACCCAUGCCCAGCGGAAUGCGCAACUUUCUCCGCGCCCUCAUGGUCGGAGGGUUCUUCUUCACCGCCCAACUCCCCGCGGCCGUCUUCAUGUACUGGAUAGCCGCGAACCUAAUCUCCCUCCUCCAAGUCCUCGCCGUCAACAACCCCACCAUCCGCGCCAAGUACCUGCACAUCCCGCCCAUCGACAAGAACGUCACGCCCAAACGGCAGACGAUGAGCGCGCUGGCGAAGCUGGGAGUGUCCGAUGCAAAGUGGAUGGUGAAUAAGGCGGCGGAGGAGAGGAGGGUGCGGGAGGAGUAUGCGCAGAGGGCCGUGGAGAGGAUGAAGGCGAAGGCGGCCGGGCUUAGAAGGGAUUGGUAA